UAACAAGCAAAAAAAAUUUAUAGCUGCAGACUUUUGCAGUGCACAAGAGAAAGAAAAUAGUUUCUCACUCUCUAGAAUUGCCAAGCUUUAAGGUUGAAGUUUGUUGAUGUUUAGUAAUGACAGUAAAUGAUUUUCUCUAAGUAAUUUAUUUGAGUUGUUUCUUCUUCAUCAAAAUUUUAAUGGAGUUUUGGUUUUAACUUGAAUGGUUUCUGGGUUUGAAGAUAAAUUCUUUCUGGGUUUAGGGUUUUGAUUUGGAAUUGUUGGUGGUAGUUCAUGGAAAGUUAAGCAGAAGAGAAGAGAAAUAAAUUUGCUGAAACUGGUAGGUAGAUAAAGCUAUUAAAGACCGGUAGCUGUUAAAGAAAGUUUCUUUAUUGAAACCCUAGCUUGAAUUUGUAUCUCAGUCUUAACAGUCUACGGUUGAAUUAUUGUAAACAAGCCUAAUUGAUAUGUUUUGUUAGAGUUUGAUAAUAUUCAUCAACCAUGACUGUUUCUACUUCUGGAGAAGCUAGUGUAUCUUCUUCUGGUGCUCCGCCACCAGUACAACCUUCCUUAACAGCAAAGAAAAAGAGAAAUCUACCCGGAAUGCCAGAUCCGAAUGCUGAAGUGAUAGCUUUAUCUCCGAAAACAUUAAUGGCGACAAAUCGAUUUGUAUGCGAGAUAUGUAAUAAAGGGUUUCAACGUGAUCAAAAUCUACAACUGCAUCGAAGAGGUCAUAAUUUACCAUGGAAACUUAGACAAAGGGCGAAUAAAGAAAUCCGUAAACGAGUUUACGUUUGUCCUGAAACAUCUUGCGUUCAUCAUGAUCCGUCUAGAGCUUUAGGUGAUUUAACUGGAAUUAAGAAACAUUUCUGUAGAAAACAUGGUGAAAAGAAAUGGAAAUGUGAUAAAUGUUCUAAGAAAUAUGCUGUUCAAUCUGAUUGGAAAGCUCAUUUGAAAACUUGCGGUACUAAAGAAUAUAAAUGUGAUUGUGGCACUCUUUUCUCUAGGAGAGAUAGUUUCAUUACACACAGAGCUUUUUGUGAUGCAUUGGCUGAAGAAAGUGCUAAAGCUCAGACCACAACGACAACAAAUUCAAAAUCAUCAGAAGAACAAAAUAAUCAGAUUCAGAAUGAGAAGCAGGUUGUUGUAGGUUCUUGUUGUUCUUCACCACCAUCUACUUCUGCAAUAUCUGCCAUUCAAACUACAGCAUUGCCUGGAAAUUUACAACCUCCUCAGACUACAUCAUUUUCUGAUCUCAUUUGUGGAAUGGGAGGAGGAAGGUCGGAGCGAUCGUCAACUUCAGCUACAGAGCAACCUACUUCACUCUCACUCUCAUCUAAAAAUGGGUCUUCCAUGUUUGCAUCAACAAUGACAUCUAAUCAAGAAAGUCAUCAAUUUUCAUCACCACAGCCAGCAAUGUCGGCAACUGCCCUGCUCCAAAAAGCAGCUCAAAUGGGUGCCGCUGCCACUAGUGCUUCGUUGCUGCGUGGAUUAGGAUUUUCAGUGAGUGGUUCUAGUUCUUCGCAACAGCAACAACAGACAGAGAAUCUACAGUGGGAUACCAGCCGUAGCAACAACCUUCAUCAACAUCAGAUUGAUAACCAUGGUGGUGCUGGACUAUCUGACGGUCUUGGUGUUCCGUCUUCAUUAUUUGGUUCAAAACCAGCCACAUUGGAUUUCCUUGGUUUGGGUAUGGGCAGAGGAGGUGGCGGCAGUAGUUUUUCGUCCCUCAUGAACUCGGUGGACGCAAAUCUGAAUAUUGCAAAUGCUGUUGGGCCAUUUGGAGAUGUUAAUUCAGGAAACACAGCCAAAUGAGAGCCCUCCAAAUGUAAUUCCAUUUUGGUAUGAUUGUCCAGUGAUACGAGUUUUUGUUCUUGUUCUUGAUGUAGUUUUAAUUUUGGUGAAUCAAUAGAAAUUUAGAUGUAUAAUCUCUGUUAGUACAGUUAAAAGUUGUAAAAGAAAAAUGGAUGCUUGUUCAAAAUAGUAAAAUAUAUGUCAAACUUUGAUCGAGGUUCAA